AUGCAUUCAGUUUCCACCCGCUUUCAGAGUCUCUUCGGGUUUCUAACCACAGUUGCACUGGUGCUGGGCGCAAUCAUUGCUGCUUCGGAUUUCCUUCAUCCAGUUGAGCCCACUACCAGCAUAAAGCUGUCGAACGUGCAAGUGGUCAAGGGAAGACCUCACUACUAUGCCUCAAGACGAGAGGAAUAUGCGCAGGUCAAGUUUGAUUUAGACGCUGACUUGACCUCCCUCUUCCACUUUAACACGAAGCAAGUCUUCGUCUACGUACUGGCCUCAUACCCUUCUGCCUCGAACCAAUCCCAGACGACCGAGGCAGUGAUAUGGGAUAAAAUCAUCCCAGCUUCCGUAUCGCCUUAUUCCCUCGAAUCACUAAAGUCCCAAUUUUUCCCAGACGCAAAGGCAUUGAAGAACAAACGAAAGACCCUUAAGAGCAAGGCCAAGGCCAAUGUCGAGAAGGCUGUCGUGCCUGGGAAGCUAAAGCUCCGGAACCAGAGACCUAAGUAUCAAAUUACUGAUAUCUCAGGAUCCAUAGCGGAGAAGGAAGGCGUGAGAUUGAUUGUUGGAUGGAACGUUCAGCCCUGGAUAGGCACGUUACGGUGGAGCUCGAAUACGAAUAUGGAAAAGAAUGUUGGUGGUGGUAUUUUUGGAAAACUGUUUCUUCAGAACGCUGGCUCUAUGGGGUCACUGAGCGGGAGGAGCAAACCGUUUAAUUUCCCUGCUUUGAAGAAGCCACAGCCGGCCACCCCUUGA